AUGAUUUGCCAGCCAUUCAUCAAUGACAAAUACUUUCCUCACGAGGGGCGUUUCUACUGCGACCACGAUUUCUGGCAGCUACAUGGACCGCGGUGCGGCAGUUGCUCACAGCAUAUCCUUGGAGAGUGUUUGGGGGCGCUGGGUCAGAAGUGGCACCCUGAGCACUUCAACUGUGAUGUGUGCGAGAAACAUCUGUUAGGAAAAGAAUUCGUUAAGACAGCAGACAGGCCACUGUGCAAGCCUUGCCAUCGUGAACUGGCCCAGAAAGCGAAAAAAACAAUCAAGUGUGCCAUGUGUCCGAAGGGGUUGGACGAUUACUUCCUGGUGUUCAAAGGGCAGCGUAUCCAUCCCGAGCACAUCCCAUGCAAGAACUGUGCCCUUCCGCUGAGUCAUCUGGGUCGCGAAAAGGCCAGUAAAUGGUACUGCCAUAGCUGUUAUGAACAGAUUGGUGCCAUGCCCACGUGUGCCGCUUGCAAACGUGCUAUUGAGGGCCGCAGCUUCAGUGCGCUGGGCAAAGAAUGGCAUCCCGACCACUUUGUGUGCACGAAGUGCGAGUGUCCCUUUGCAGGCGAUGCAUUUUUCGAAUACAGAGGCGUUCCUUAUUGUAAGCCUCACUACAAACAAGUGUGCGGUGACCUGUGCUACAAUUGCCAAGAGGUUUGCGUAGACAGCGUCCAAUCAUUGGGCAAACAGUACUGUAAGCUCUGCUUCCGCUGCUCUGCUUGUGAUAUGAUCAUCACCAGCUCCACAAAGAUAACUGACAUCGACAGAAAACCCGUAUGCUUCCCGUGCCACGAUACUUUACCAGCUGAAAUCAAGAAAAAUCUCAGGCGACAAGACGAAUUAGCUAAGAAAUACAUGAAAGCCUAGUGACCGCAUCCAUAAGCAUGACCGACCUUUAAUACUCGCAAAAUAUCGAUCUCUGCGAUGAAUCAAGAACCUUCUCAGAAACCUGCAUCGCGGUUACGAGAACCGGUUUGGACUUUGGCUAACUGUUAAUAUUUCCUAAACUAUCACUUACUUGACUUACUGGCAAUUUUGGGGACGCUUGACGUUAGUGAUGGUGAUGUGUGCAUCGAACCUCGCCGGUUCUAUCAUGUAAUAGCACAAUCUGUUACAACACUUUUUACAUCGCUUCUAGAAAUAAAUUUUGACCAGAUGGC